UUGCGACUGAUCCCAGUGGACGUUGGUUGCAAAACUCAAUAAAAGAGCUUGGUACCUUUUGGACAAAUGGACCCAAUGGAUACUGAUGCGCCAACAGGUGCUUUGCCCCUACAGCCUGGCGAACUCUAUCUGAAUGUUCUAGCACUCACCAACGAAGCGAGAAACAUGCAUGGUCUGCGACACCAGGACUAUCAGCGCUAUAGGCAGUUUUGCGCGAACAAAGUGCAGAGGCUACGGAAAGGUUGCAACCUGGUGCAAGCUGGAGCAAAACGGCGGUUUGAGAAGAAGCCAGUGACCGCCGAAGUCGUGACGGGAGAAAAGCAUCUGCAACUUCUACUCUUCGAGGCAGAACGGGGAUGGGCGUAUGCAAUGGAAUUGAAAGCAGAAGUGAGGGAUGAGCCUCGGAAACGCUUUCAUCAGGUGAAAAGAUUAAAGAAGGCAGUGGAAGCUGCCAAGCGAUUGCACGACAUAUGCCAGAAUUGUCAAGCGGACAAUCGAACGUUGUUGGAUGUGCAGGCGUAUGCCGCCACAAUGGCAGGCUUUCUCUUUUUCGAGCAGCAGCGUUGGGAAGAAGCCCUCGAUAAGUUUGCCACUGCACGAGUCAUAUAUCAGAGACUUGCAAAGGCCGGUACUGCUCAACAGGAGGCCCUUUGUCAGUCGGUGAUUGACUCCAUUGAUCCAAGCAUUCGCUUCUGCGCAUACAACUUGAAGAUCAAGGGCGCUCAGAAUCUGGAGAUUUCCUCCUUAAUAGAGCAGACGAACGAAAGCUCACGAUCUGAGUUACGUAGUCUGGAAGCGAGGGUGGGGAGUAUGUUGUCUGAUAUUUCCAGCGAAAAUAAUGACGGGACAUUCAAAAUACGGUGGCGGGGGAGGAUAAUACCAACCCGAAAUGAAAAGUUAGUAGAGGCGAUCUCCGAAACCGUCAAGACCUUCGAAGGCCUCAAAGGAUCAACUCCUCGACCGAUCUUGCUUGACGGCACAUCGGAUACUGCAGUACUGGAUGCCCAUUUCGAACGCUUUGAGAAGGCUCUAGCUAGUGCAGCUAUUGCUCUCCAUUUGGCCAAAGAAGAUGUGAAGAAUGACGAGCUUGCCACCGCAAAGGUCAAGUCAUCGAAGGGCGACCAGAAUUCGGCAAACCUGCAACUGGCCUUGGCCUAUGUAACAUUUCUACGUUUAUCGAUUUCCAUUGACCGGAAUCUGGAGUUGAUAGAAGUUGCCAAAAGCAAGCGCCAUGGCCAAGGGAGAUUCCUGGCAAAGGGGAUGAAGAAAGGGGCGAAACCCGAGGAUAUUGUAAGAUUUUAUGACGCGAUCAUUCAGGGUUUGGACGACAUGAAGAAAUUCGGUGUGGUUGAUUCCGAUCUAGCGUUGCACAGCUUUCUGUCCGCCCAGAGUCACAUGUAUAAGGCUCAAAGAGCUACAUUCAUCGCUCAAACAUAUUCCAGCCUUGACAAACAUGGAGAGGCGCUUGCUUUGUAUGAACGUGCUAAUGAACAUGUCGUUCACGCAAGGGCGCAAGCUGAAGGCGCUGCUCGCCAUGACACGGGAGCAGGGGAGGACCUGCUACAGCUGCGGGAUAAGAUAUUGCGCACAGAGACUGAUAUUCGGGGCGGCAAAAUUAAAGAACAAGGCAAAUGGUAUCUGGAACAACAUCAACGGGGAGUGUCUGUCGAUGGAAUUUCAAAGGGGAUUCAAAAUAUAGAACUGAACGAUGGAUACGGCGAGAUUCAGGCCCCUGUUACCUCCCGCCUCAACACAUUCAUAUCGGACUUUGAUGGUAGCAAUCCUAAUCUGAUCGCAAUUCCCCCAAGUUUUCUACCAGCACCAUGUAAACCGCUAUUUUUCGACAUUGCAUACAAUGGUCUUGACUUUCCGGUAUCUAAUAUUGAGCGUCGUUCAACGGGUUUGGAGAGGAGGCGACGUGGUGAAUCGGAGGAAGAAGAAAAAGCCAAGGGGAUUAUGGGUGUGCUAAGUGGUUUGUGGGGACGGAAAUAAUACGUUUUGUGGCCUUAAACACUCUAAACACUCGGCUGCAAUGGCGAAAUACACGAUAUGGGGAAUGACUAGAA